AUGGCGGAGCUGACGGACGCGGAGCUCCGCAAGGAGCUGCUGGCGCUCGGCUACCGCCCGGGGCCCAUCACCGCCACCACCCGCAAGGUUUACAUCAAGAAGCUGGGCUGCCUGCGGGCCGAGGUGGCGGCGGCCCGGCGCAGCGGCCGCACCGCGCCGCCCAGCCCGGGCCGCUCCUCCGCAGGGCCGCCGCAGGCCUCGCCCUCGCGGCAGCGCUCCGGCUUCACCGGCGGGGCCGCCCGUGAGAGUGAGGAGGAGGACGAGGAGGAGGAAGAGGAGGAGGAAGUUGGGCGGCCGCCCGCGUCCCGCUGGGGGACGUCGGGAGAGAGCGGCGGGCAGACCUGGGGGGACCCUCGGGGGUCCCCGCCGGGCCGGGGCGGAGGCCUCAGGGCUGAGGGCGGCCUGUCCCGGGACAGCUUCGGGAGGCUGAGCCCUUCGGAGCAGUGGGGGACGACUGUAGAGAGAGGUGGCGGUGGGCUGGGGCCAUCCCUGGCUGGGCACGGCGGGUUCAGUUCCCCUUCGCAGUGGGACACGUCCACAGAGAGGAGCGGGGGGCUCAGCAGUGGCCUGAGACCCACCCUGGACAGGUUUCGGGGCUCAAACUCUGCAUCCCAGUGGAGCUCCUCAGCAGAGAGGAGUGGGGGGCUCGGCAGCCGGGCUGGCUCGGGCUUGGAUGGGCUGGGGGGGCUGAGCUCCACACCCUACUGGGGCUCCUCGGCAGCCUCCAAACCCCUUCCCAGCGAGGAGAGGCCCAGGAGCCAUUGGGGGACUUCAGGAGGAGGAAUUGGGGUGCAGAGCUCCCGGGCUGCCUGGGACACGGCAGGGGAGAGGAAGGGGCUCUCCGCCAGCACCUGGUGGAGACGGGAGAGCGAGGUGACCCCCAGCACCCAGUGGGGCUCCUCGGCGGCCCCCGGGAGGUUCAGCAGCUUUUUCAGGAGAGGGAAGGAAGACCUGGCUUCCAGCGUUGGGAAGGAGGCAGAGAGGGAUGCGGGCAGCCGGGCUGGGGGGCUGAUCAGGCGCUUCCCGUGGCGAGCAGCCGGCGAUGGGGGGCAGGGAGUGACCCCACGCACGGCCCUGCUGCGCUCAGCGCCCAGGCAGCAGCCGGAGGGAAAGAGGAAAGGCCUGGAGUAUUGCCUGUCCCAGUUCCUGUGCCUCGCCAGCCUCGUGCUGCUCCUGAUUUUUCUGGGCAUCCUCGCGGUGAAGAUGGUUGGGUCAGGCUGGCUGGACGGGACAGAGGAGAGAUUUAAUCUCUUGCCUGUGGAUUGUGACAAAAGCACGGAUGAUUUCUGCCAGGCCAAGCACAAGGACGUGACCAUGGCUGUGCUGCACGAGCUCUACAAUUACCUGUCGGUGCAGGCAGGUAAUUUUGAAUGUGGAAACCCUGAGAACCUAAAAAGCAAAUGCAUUUGGGUUAGUGAGGCGCAGGAUCACGUGCUGAAUGUAACUGGCACUUCCACACGGAAGUUUAAAGCUGCCCUGGACUGGAUACUGAACAGCAACAAGGAUUUGGGAAUUCGGUUGAAAGGCAGGGACAUGUCAGAGCCGGUUUCCAGCGUGGAGGAAGUGUUCUGCCUGGAAUCUGCCCACCCCCAGAUGGGGCUGGGCUGCCGCUUCCGCCGGGCCGUGGUCACAGCCAUCACGAACCUGUUCCUGUUCUUCUGGAGUCUGAUAACCCUUUGGGGGAUCCUGAUCUACCUCCGGUACCGCUGGCGGAAGAUGGAGGAGGAGGAGCAAGCCAUGUAUGAAAUGGUGAAGAAGAUCAUAGCUGUUGUCCAGGACCACUACAAGGAAUGGGAGCGGAAUUUGGAGCGUUACCCCUACGUUGGCAUCUUCCACGUCAGGGACAGCCUGAUCCCUCCUCAGAGCAGAAAAAAGAUGAAGCGAGUGUGGGAGAGAGCCGUGGAUUUCUUGGCCUCCAACGAGUCCCGGAUCCAGACAGAAUCACACAGGGUGGCAGGGGAGGACAUGCUGGUGUGGAGAUGGACUCAGCCCUCGUACCUGUCAGACUCUGAGCACUGAGCAGGAGGAGCAGCCGUGGGGCAGGGUGGGGACACGGAGCCUGGGCAGGGCUCGGGGCCUCGCUGGUGGUGGGAGGAGCAGGGCCUGGCCCGAGGGUUGGGAUUUGCACGGCUCUGUUUGCUCUCACUGCUGAAACUCUCCAAACACAAACAUUCAGGGCAAUACUGGCUUGGAAGGAAGAUGGGCUUGAGCUGGUGGGAAGCUGGAAUUGCACCAAAGUGAGCCUUCCACAGAGACCUGGCUCCUGUGGCAAGCAAACAACAACCUGCAAAGAAUAACUGCACACCCCUCUCGAGGGCUGGGGGGCUCUGCCACAGCCUGGGGGUGCAAAAUUUGACCUCAGUUCUGCAAAGGCCAACUGGUGGCAGAGUCCAUCUGAAAGAUAAACAUUUCCCAUGGAAACAUUAGGGUGGCAGUGCAGGCGUGUCUUUGUUUGUGUUUGUUUUUAUCAGUGCAAAGACAGUGAGGAAGCACUUGCUGCUUCCCAGUGAGGAAAAA